AUGGAUGUUGGGAAGCAAGUGGGGGUGGUGGUGGUUGAGGUUCAGGAGAUGGUCCAGGAACUGACCCUUCAGCAGACCCAGCAGAGGCAGCUGCAUGCAGAAUAUGCCCCAGGAGUGCCAGCAGAGCAUUUGUGCAUGAGUUCUCACUUGCCAGCCACUGUGCUUCAGCAGCCAUAUGCUCCUGGUGCUGGUCCUCUCUAUUCAGCCUACUUUGCUCAAAAGAAUUCCUCAACACAACUACUUUGCACCUCAGAUAAAGAAAAUUGUCUAAAAUGUCCCAUCUAUGAAUGGUCAAAUAAUGAGAAAACCAUGUGUAUUGAGAAGCAAACUGAGUUCCUCUCAUAUGAAGGUGAUUCCCUAACUCUGGUCUUUAUUGUCCUCUCUGUGGUGUCUAUUUUAUUAGUGACAGUUAUAACAGGAAUUUUUAUUUCAUUCCGAGACACUCCAUUAGUGAAGGCCAACAAUCGCAAUCUGAGCUUUAUUUUCCUUUUCUCCAUCAAGCUGAGCUUCCUCUCUGUGUUUUUGUUCCUUGGUCGCCCAUCUGAUAUAACCUGCAUCCUCCGACAAACCUCUUUUGGGAUCAGUUUCUCCAUAGCUAUGUCUUCUGUCCUGGCAAAAACAAUUAUGGUUUGUAUUGCUUUCAAAGCCUCCAAGCCUAAUAGUCCUUGGAGAAAAUGGUUGGGAGUCAAAGUCACAUAUUUUAUAGUCAUUAUUUGUUCAUUCAUUCAGUUUCUAAUUAGUACUAUCUGGCUGACCAUUUCUCCCCCAUUCGUGGAGCUCAACAUUCUGUCUGAACCUGGAAAAAUCAUCAUUCAGUGCAAUGAGGGCUCUGUCAUUGCCUUCUAUAUUGUCCUCUCCUACAUGGGAUUGUUGGCAUCUGUGAGUUUCAUUGUAGCUUUCUUGGCUCGGACAUUACCGGACAGUUUUAAUGAGGCCAAGUACAUCACU